AUGCGGUCCACGCCCAUCUUCGCAGUCUGCACAGCGGCACUACUACAAACUGCUUUCUCAUCACCGAUCCACGUACACCAUCCUCAUCAAUCAUUCCCUAGUACGGAACAAUGGCCCUUACCAGUCGUCGGAAAGCCACUGGAGCAACAAAUGCCGGAUGAAGACCUUCAAGACAUUAUUUCGCAGAUAUCACGCGACAACAUCGAGGGCACAAUCCGGAAACUUGCCUCAUUCGGCACGCGUCAUACCCUGUCAAGUCAAACCGAUCCGGCCCGAGGCAUCGGCGCUGCGAGAACAUGGCUCACAGCUCAGUUCCAAGAAGCCGCUGAUGCCAGCGAAGGAAGAAUGACUGUGGACUGGAACAGCUUCAUCAAAUAUCCUGGGGACAACGAACGCAUCAUCUUCCCGGUCAAUAUUACAACAAUAGUAGCAACAUUAAAAGGCAGCGAGGACCCAGACCGUGUCUACGUGACAGGCGGCCAUUAUGACUCGCGCAACAGCGAUCCUAUCGACUACCAAGGCGAUGCUCCAGGUGCUGUAGACGAUGCUUCAGGAGUUGCGGUCUCUCUAGAGCUUGCUCGCAUCUUUGCGCAUUACAAGCCGAAGACCACCAUUGUAUUCACAGCUUUUGCGGGAGAGGAGCAAGGUUUGCUCGGCGCGGAAAAUCUGGCGCAAACUUACAAGAAUGCAUCAGUGAAUGUAGCUGGUAUGAUAAAUCUCGAUAUGGUUGGUAACUCUAAAGCCGCAGACGGUACUGUCGAUCCUUACAACAUCCGCCUCUUCUGCCAAGGCACACCUCUGACAGAGAACUCCACGACAACUACAUCCCGUCUCAGCAUCGGCGGUGACAAUGAUAGCCCUGCUCGCAACCUAGGUCGCUUCAUAUAUGAAGUAGCCUCCAACGCCUUCACUGAGAUGACAGUCCGCCUUAUAUAUCGUCUGGAUCGCUACAGCAGGGGUGGCGACCAUCGCCCUUUCCUGGAGGCAGGAUACACAGGUGUCCGAUUCGUUCAACCUAACGAAGACUACACACAGCAGCAUCAAAAUGUCACUGUACGCAAUGGCAAGCAAUAUGGUGACCUAGUCGAAUGGUUAGACUUCGAGUACAACACCCGCGCUGCUAAAGUCGUAGCAUCCACGAUGUGGAGUUUAGCCAACGCACCUGGAGAGCCGACCAACGUUGGUAUCAAUACCACAACAUCCGAUAACUUCAGUCAAUUCAAGUGGGAUGCGCCGAAGGGCUUGCCGGUAGAAGGAUAUGAGAUCUUGUAUCGCGACACCAUUGAGCCCCACUGGACAAAUGUGAUUGAGGUAGGCAACGUCAACUGGUUUAAUCUUACUUCCGCGACUAUCCACAAGGACAACGUCAUUUUCGGAGUGAGAAGUGUAGGCAAGGGAGGUUACAAGAGUCCCGCGGUCUUGCCGUUUCCGUUUGGAUGUACUCGAAACUGCUAG